AUGGAAAAUUUCAAACCAGUUAAAACAGAAUUAUAUCAUAAAGUAGAAUGUUAAGCCUAAGGGACUUAACCAGACUCAGAUAAUAGAAAUAAAAGAAUCAAUUAAAAUGAAGAAGAAUUUUAUAAGAAGGAAAAAAGAAAUAACAUUGAUAAAAAUUGUUUAAGAGUAUGA